AAUGUCAAAACAUCAAACCCUAUAAAUUGGUGAAAUGAGAAAAGUUGACAAAGGUUUUAAUUCAUUUUAAGGUCAUAAUUUACCACGUUCAAAGUAAAUGAUAAUAUUACAUGAAAAAGAAAUUGAAACGAACGUACGCAUAGUAAUUUUACAUGGGAAAUAAUAAUCCCAGACAUUUUGUAUAUACUACAGACAGUGCUAAUGGUAGUUACUCUCACAAAGGGAACGAAUUUUCCCAAGUUUAUAAUCUGUCCUACUCAAAUUCAAGUGAACGUUCUUUCAAUAGUUCAAGCAGUUACCAUACAGCAACUAGUAAUUUAAGUGUAUCAAAAGAGUGUUCUAGGGUUUCCCAACGUAGACUUCGAAAAACUGCUACAAGUAAAACGCGUUGGCCCGUGUCUCAGCUCGAAGCCUGUUUCCUGCCAGAGUUCUCCGUCAUAGCCUCGACCAAUAAAGAUAAAUAUAAGAUUUUGGAAGAAAUCGGCCGAGGGUCCUUCAGUAAGGUCUAUAAGGUUCGUCACUCCGAUAACGGGAAUUUCUUCGCUCUGAAAGUCCUGUCCAAGUCAAAGAUUGUAAUAGAAAAUUCAGUGAGCCAGGUCAAGGACGAAGUUAAGAUACAGAAGCUGUGUGGCCAUCAUCCUUUUAUAGUGAAAUCGAUUCUUUGCUGGCAAAACAAAACUAAGCUUUUCAUAGUGAGUAACUAUAUUGAAGGUGGGGAACUGUACACACUAUUGUCCAAUUACGGAAUUCUACCUAUUGCAUUGGUCCAAUUGUAUGUCGCCCAAAUAGCUCUGGCAUUAGAUUUUCUUCAUAACGCCGGAGUAGUCUACCGUGACCUGAAACCUGAAAAUAUCCUGCUUGACUCCGAAAGAAACGUCCAAUUAACCGACUUCGGUCUGUCCAAGUGGCUGAAGAACGGAUCAACAACGACAACCAUCUGCGGAACUCCACAAUACAUGGCACCCGAAAUAUUGGAGUACAAACCAUAUGGACAUGCGGUAGACUGGUGGAGCUUGGGCGUUCUCACUUGUAUCAUGUUGACAUCUAAGUUUCCAUCUUCACCGGAUCCUCUUCAAUACAACAAAGAGAACUUAAGACCAGGUACGCUGCCACCAGAUAAGACACUGGAUGCGCCAUCUCGAGACCUCUUAUUAAGACUCCUCGAAACCGAUCCAAAGAAGAGAAUGAGAUCUUUUCGUACACUGACUACCGUCGCCUUCUUCAAAGGCUACAACUUCCAGCAUGUACGAGACAAAAAAGUAAAACCAAUAUCGAUUCUGGAAAAAUACUUCCCUGAUGGACCUCCACUCAAAACGACAGAAAAAAAUUUAGAGGGUUUUGAUGGAGUAUUUUAGUGAAAUCUAACAGUGAAUCUCAUCUAGCUCUCAUCAAUCUCAAUAAUUCUCUGUGAUGAUACCAAAAAGGGUAUUGAUAAAGUAUUUACUGUCAGUAUUAGAUGCUUAGGAAAAUAAAGUAUUCGAACAAGAAAA